CGGUACACCGAGCAUCCAACCAAAGUCUAGUCCCGUUGUGCAAGUAAUACAAAAUAGGAGCAAAGCGUAGGCGCAUGCGCCUCCUCACUAUGUACGAGUUCAUCAUCUGUCAUUUGGAGCAAAAAUCCACUGGCUAGCGCUACUGGCUGAUAGGAAAUAAGCUCUAAAAAUCUAGCCCGUAAUGUGGUAUCCUUGAAGCUGUGUAAAAAUGUGCACUUUUUCCACACAACCCGCGUUUUUCGAGCGGCAUCAUCCACUAUUCACAACGCACAAACCCGCGAUGAAAACAGUGUGUCUGGUAUUGCUGUUUGUGGCGUUGGUCCACGGAAAGGAAACGACCUACAUAACGGAUGAUGUCUCAGCGUCGGAAUUGUUUUCCCUACGCAUCGAGCCUCGCAUGUUCAACUGGACGUACGAAGGGCUAACCGAACAGUUUCUCUACCGCUCGUCGCUCGAAGGCUAUCCCGACCUGCCCUCGUGGGUGCGCUACAUGUACAGCCCAGAGUACCAUUCGGGGUUUCUGUACGGUACACCUCCCAUGCGCAAAGCGGACACCCAUGUGCCCAUCGAAAUUAUCGCGCUCAACCGGCUGACGUACGAAACCAAGCGCCUGGUGCUGAUCUUGGUCGUGCGCCGGAAGCAACCCGCCAAGCAUGUGAUCCAGAUGAAGAUCGACAACCUGAACUGGGUGCACAUGAUGGACCCGGGACGCAUCGAAAACUUGAAAAACAUCUUUCGGAACGAUCUGUGGCCCGAAAGCCGCUCCGAUUUGCACAUCAUUUUCAUGGAUUCGGCGGUUAAACUUGGCGCACGGUUACCUUUGCGGCCCCAGCAACGGGAGGGAGUUGUCGUACACCUGGGCAGCAGUGCCGAGUUUUCGAAACGAAUGCUCGAGCUGCAGGAGGAGGUGAAGCCACUGUACAAAAUUUCCUCCUGCACCUAUAAGCGGACGUCCGUUCAGACGACGUUCGAAAGCUCCGGUUUCAAGCUGGAUUGGUGCGCUUUUCGUCUGACCGAAACCGAGGACGACAUAACGGCACUACCGCACAAUCCCAAUGAAAACCACAAACAGCUACCGCGAAAGGACGCCCAAAGCCUGCACCACAUCGACAAAUGGGACGCGCCGCUCAAGUCGGAAGUACCGGAGCGGAACUACAGCGACGAAAUUGCGAUAUCCUUCGCCAUUCCCGGCAUGAUAUUCGCUCUGCUGCUCUGUGGGCUAACGAUCAUCCUUUGCUUCCAGCACGAGAAACUGCAUGACGACGAUUCAGAAUAUUAUUUCAAUUAUGUUUUCUACAUUUGUGCUGACUUCCUUAGAAUGCAAAAGUCUUCCCGAAGUGAGUACAGUCCGGUGGCAUCCAGCGUGCAAAUGGUGCAUUACUCGCCCGAUGACAUCAAAUCCACGAUCAAGCUGAAAAGUCUGCGAGACACGCCGUUCGAUGAUGUGCAAUCGUUAAGCCCGAGCGAUAGCUACUACCGUGAGGGAAGUCCGCAUGUUGGCAAUAUGUACAUGCGCCCGAAGCCACCACCGUACAAGCUGACCGGAAACGGCCACUCACCAACGAUGGUACGCAACGGGGACGCCGAAAUGUGACACACGGAGCGGACGCGUGUUCUUUAUUGCUAAUUUUUGCCCAGGACACGCCACGAUCGGUAAAAAGACGAAUUACGUGAAGCGCUAAAAAGGCCAGUGCUGAUGGCGGACUGGACCUUUGUUUGUUCUCUAGCUCUUAAAUUAUUUCGACAAUAUUACCAAGGAAAGGUCCUAACCGACUUUGAAAGAUGGGUAGGAUCGGCUGCCAGCACAAAUUGAAGCAUUCGUGGACAACCGUUGAGCGCAGACCAAUGUUCCGUUUUUGUGUUCGAACACGUGUGUCCUCUGACGGGGACGGUAUCGACUUUAGUAGACCAUGCGGUUAAGCCAUUAAUUAUCAUAUCAUAUUCGAGUUUGAAAAACAUGUGAAAUAGCUUUGUAGGUGAGAGUCCAGCACCUGUCUAGCAGGCUGCGAUUUGCCCCCCAGAUAGGUACCGUACGGAAAUAACAAUAAACGAUAGCAA